CGACAAUGAUGGUUCAAUACUUUAUAUACGACUGAUUCACGGGAUUGGCAGUAAACUAAAUUGACGCCAGUGACUAAGUUAUGUUUAGCGAGCUGUUUCAGACCAGACUUUGCAUGACUCGCAGUAAAAGAGCAAUCAAUUCCAGGUUGUGACGGUCACAAAUAACACUGUAAUAUCCGACGUUUCCCACACCACUGUGAACAUAGCGUACUGUUGUCGGAUGUGUGAGAUGAACUGGUCCUGAAUGAUCUGGUUUAUUAUGUUUGCGUGAGGAAGAUGUGCCGCUGAGCCUCUCUUUCAUAUUAUGUUUAAAGACUAUAAACAGAUCAGUUGGUUGUAAACUUCACUACCAGACCGUGAUGCUGUGGUGGAGACGCAGAGGACACGUAGUGAGGACACUUAGCGAGGACACUUAGCCAGAGUGAACGACAAAGUUGGUGACCUGCAUCAAGCCUGAAAGCAGUCAUGUUGGGCAGGGCUGUCAUGAUGAGCAAAGGCGUCACUGCCCAUCGCCUCAGUAAGAAUGUAACUUUCUACAUGAAUGAAUUGGCUCCUCCAGUCUCACAAUAUCAGACCAAAGUCUCCAAGGACCAUAAACCCCUCAUGCUCAUGCUGCCCUGGUUGGGUUCACGUCCUCAAGCUCUGGGCAAAUACUGUGAGAUCUACUUCCGCACCGGCUAUGACGUGCUUGUAGUAGAGAGUGAGGUGCAAGAGUUCCUGUGGCCUCGCUGGGGUCUCGAGCAUGGAAAGAGGUUGCUGGAGUUGCUCCAGAGUGAACCCUUUGUGUCUCGCCCACUUAUUGUCCAUGCCUUCUCUAUCGGUGGCUACACAUUUGCUCAGCUGCUGGUACAUGUGUCCCAGGACACAAAUAAAUAUCAGGCGCUCAUGCAGAGGAUCAAAGGCCAAAUCUAUGAUAGCCUUGUGGUGGGUUCAGUGGAGACAAUGGCCACAGGUUUAGCUAAGACUGUAUUUCCACGUGCGGAGACUCUGGUAAAACAAAUAAGCCUGUUAUACUUUAACAUGUUCAGACGCCAGACGGUGGACUACUUUAACACAAGCAUUAAUGCUUUUUGGGACUCUCCCAUCACUGCUCCUGCGCUGUUCUUCUUUUGCGAGAACGACACAUUGAGCGACCCACGAGCCAUAGAGGAGCUGAUUGAUCACUGGCGGAAGCGUGGGAUAGACCUCACAGCAAAGAACUGGGAGGACUCGACCCAUGCAGGUCACCUAAAGAGGCACCAAGAAGAGUAUCUGACCACCCUCGAAAUGUUCCUCCACUCACUCCACUUCUCGCCCCUGAAGGCCAAGAUGUAAGAUGAUUUCAUUACAACACUAACCAUAUUCGCGUGACUUGUUUUGUUAGGUCUAAAUGUAUGUAUUAGCAUACACUGUGUUGCGAUUAUCAGAAUGGUUACCGAUUUAAAUUCUUGGCUCACAAAUCCUUACAGGCUAACUCAUCAGAAUGUAUUGCAACUAACGACUGAGCCGAACACAUCUGUUUAAAAAUAUUAAUAUAUUAAGUGAAAAUGUUCUACGGGUGAUGAUGUGUGUGUGUGUGUGUGUGUGGGGGGGAUUUCCACAACAAAUAAAGCAGAAAUAGUGGUUAUUUCUUCCAUGGUGGAUGGCAGACAUUAUAACUGUUUCUAUGGAGAUAAGCCACGCCCCCCUCUCCUCCUACUGAUGGAUUGUGCUCUAAUGUCAUAAAGUAAACAUACUAAAUUGCUGCUCUGAGGACGUUGCACAUUCAAAGUGUGCAGUUUUGCAUCGUGACAGUGAUCACAGGGAAAUGUUGUUUGAGAAACCUGUUGAAACCAUAAUGGCGGAAACAAAGCUAGGUCGAAUUUAAGUUACUUGAAUUAAAAUGAGGCGCAAGCAAAGUGGUGUGGAGAGACAUCCGUCUGAGAAAAUGAAGGAGGUGGAGGAAGGGCAUUGUGUAGGGAGACCUGAGGGAUUUAUUGGUUGACUGGGAGCUUCAUGAAGCAAAGAAUGAAACCGAACCCUACACGGGGUCAUUACACGAGUAAGUAAAGGGAUGUAUGCUACCUUCUCUCCAAUACUCGUGAAAUAUGUUGCACAUUGUUUCCAGAAGCCUCUUUCUCUAAGCCAAAACAUAAUUUGGUCACUGCACAGCCUUAUAUUUACACAAACGACUGGGGACUGAUGGUCUACCACUGCAUAGAAGAAUGUCUUUUUCCACAGCAAAUAACACGUUGACGGUGCUGAACAAAACAUAGUCUUGAGACAAAGACAGCCUAGUAGGCGUGUCAGUGGUAAACUUGUAUGAAUGGCAGUGCUUUUACAAACUAUCAAAGUAGUAAGUGACCGGUUAGAAUUGUUCUAACCUUUUACAAAUUAAGGAGAUGUCUGUUAUUGAACAUGUGCCUAUGCUAUUGUAAGAAUUUGUAUCUCAUAACUUGAACAUUUUUACAUUGCUUAUUUGUGCAAUAAAAUUGUUAACAAUU